CCUCCGGCCCUGCUCUGGCGCUCCCUCCGGAGCGCCCGGGCAGACAGCCCCGCAGUGGCAGGGCUGAGCCACUACCCACCAGCACCGUUCCCCUUCCACCAAAAGCCGGACUUUGCUCCUUACUCUGAUUUUGCAGCCUCCUGCCUGGCGACAGCUCCCCACAGCUUCCCGCAGGAGGAGCAGGCGCUGGCGCAGCAGCCUCUCCCUUUCCAGCGCCCUGACUGGCACCUGGCAGCCACCGAGGCCAGAGGACGCCUGCAGCCGGGACCAGCUUUAGGUUCUGGGGAACCAGAAGGCAGCAGCCCAAAUCUGGUGGGGGCUGCGCUGGGCAUGAAUGCGGACUAUGAGCUACCAGGAAACACUUCAACUGAGACUGAGAAAAAGCCGUCCAAAAGGAAAAAGGAAAACUCAGAAAACCAGAACUCAAGCAACAAGCCAGAAACAAGCAGCAAAUCACGGAAGGAAAGGACAGCUUUCACUAAGGAGCAGCUACGGGAGUUGGAAGCUGAAUUUGCCCACCAUAAUUACCUGACAAGGCUUAGGAGAUACGAGAUAGCUGUGAACCUGGAUCUCACUGAGAGACAAGUCAAAGUAUGGUUUCAAAAUAGAAGAAUGAAGUGGAAACGUGUUAAAGGUGGCCAGCCAGUGUCCCCGCAUGACCAUGACACAGAAGACGUGGACUCUGCUGCCUCCCCCAGCUCCGAAUAGUCCUUGCAGCAACACGAGAGGAGU